AUGGCUAUGCUUGCCUCGAAGUCGCCAUUUCCGGCACCGCUUGGCAGCUCUUCCAACCAGUCGUCCUCCCAGUACGCAACGAACAUGUCGGGCUACAGAGUUCAGCACGCGACAGCGAGCUCCAACCAUGGCUAUUACACAAGUCCAACCGAGUCCGAGUUCUCGGAGAACUUCGACACCCCGGAUUCAGUGAGGAACUGGAACGAGGAGCGAGUAGCAGAAUGGCUCCGAAGCAUCAACUGCUCCCAAUAUAUUGAGCUUUUCAGGAAGAACAACAUCAACGGCGAGAACCUCAUGGAGAUGGAUCAGUCAGACCUGAAGGACAUGGGCGUUAAGAAAAUUGGCGACCGUGUGCGCAUUGGAACUCAGGCUAAGCUGUUCCGCAACCGCGAGUACAAAAGGACAUCAAAACGAAAUACCAAUAGGGAAUCGCUUUCCAUCCUCGACAAUCCUGCCUACACGCCGCCUUCCUCAGGAUCACCCAGACCGCUUCAUUCCGGAAGAUCGAUCCAGAGCUCGCAACUGGAGAAGAGGAUGUCCCGCCAGAUCACCGCUGCCGACUUAACGUACGCCGCUUCAUUACCGUUCGCUAGCUCGAAGCAUCCCUCGAGGCCAGGCUCACCACUCGUUGAUCAGGAGAGCAGAGGACUACGUGCACAGCGGUAUGGCGCGAUGAACAGUCCAAAGGAAGGGUUGAAGAAGGAGCAAGGCACGUCAUACUUUGGUCGAACUGGAGGCAGCACGCCAACGGAGACGCCCCAGACGGCGCGCUUCGGAAACCAAGCGCGAUCCACGGCAUCAGAAACUCCCCAGACAGCACGGUUCGGCCAGCACGUGCGGGCAAGCCCAAGCAUGGAUAGCACAGUGACAAACGGUGCGAUGCUGCCGGUAGACAAGGCGCUGAUACGAGUUAUCUUUCCUAGCGGCACCUCGUCCGUCGUUAGCGUCGAGGGCUGCAAGACCGCCGAAGACAUCGUACUCAAGACGCUGAGGAAAGGCGCGCUGAACGAGGCACAUGUCAAGAACUACUGCUUCUAUCUCUUGGAUGGCAUCGAGCCCGAUCCCUCGAAAUGCCGACGGCUCAACGAGGCUGAGCUGGUGCGUGUGUGUGCUGCAAGAGAUAGGAUGGACCGAAGCAGACUGAUCUUCCGGAAGAUUCACGCUGGUGAGCCUGAGGGUGAGCAGCUGAAGACGGCUGCGAGCAUUGCCAUGCAACAACAGCCACUGGUCAUGAUACCGGGCAGCAAAGGCAGUCAGUCCAAGGUCGAGAAAGUGCUUGGUCAGCCAUUGCCCGCAGUCAGCUAUCCACUGUCUCCUACGUCCGCCAGAGAACGAGAACGCCACAUCGCUUCUACUGCACAAGAGUUGGAAAGGUCUGACACAGUCGCUUCAACCACCAGUGCUCGUGCGAGGAGAAUAAAGGACUUCUACGGUGCCAGACCCCCAAGCGAGCUCAUCACCUCUGAUCUCACGGCCUACUUUCCCGAUGCGUCAAAGGAUGAGAUCGAUAAGACGAUCCGAAUGUCAGUCCGAAGGUCACGCAGAAUCAGCAAGGCGGCCAGCCGUCUCAGCAUGGCGAGCAACUUCAGUGUUGCAGCCAGCUUGAGGGAUGCACCACCGCUGCCGGCAAUCUCCGAUGCCUGGCUGAACGGUCCUCCCAGAACCGCUCGUCCUCUCUCUGUCUUGAGGCUCAACUCGGUACCGGCUUACCGGGAUUCUGUCGCUUCGUCGGUGCUGGAGCCGCUCGACGAGGAGUCACCGCUUGAGCCAAACCGCAAGUCCUAUGUCUCGUUUGGCGCGGAAAGCGGAUCGGACACCCUCGCCGUCACGGAUCCCGACGGCAACACCACUUUGCAGAGCUACUUCGACGACGGCGCGAGCAGUAGCGCUGGCGGCACCGAGAAUGGUGACUCGCUGAACAAGCGGCUCAGCCAAGCGCUCGCCGACGACGGCGAAGAGUACGACGAAGAGCUCAACGACUACCUCGAGAGCGACUCCUGGGAGAACGUCAAAUACAUGAAAGGCACGCUGAUCGGGCAAGGCUCCUUCGGCAGCGUCUACCUCGCGCUGCACGCCGUUACCGGCGAGCUCAUGGCCGUCAAGCAAGUUGAGAUGCCCUCCUCGUCCGGCACCGCGCUCGACACGCGCAAAAACACGAUGGUGGAGGCGCUGAAGCACGAGAUCGGACUCCUGCGCGACCUUAAGCAUCCGAACAUUGUGCAGUACCUCGGCUCCAACUCCGACGACACCCACCUCAACAUCUUCCUCGAGUACGUGCCCGGAGGCUCCGUGGCGACGAUGCUGGUGAACUACGGGCCCUUCCGUGAAGGCCUAAUCUCGAAUUUCGUCCGCCAGAUCCUGGCUGGCCUCGCCUAUCUUCACUCGAGAGACAUCAUCCACCGCGACAUCAAGGGCGCCAAUAUCCUCGUCGACAACAAAGGCGCGGUCAAGAUCUCGGACUUCGGCAUCUCCAAGCGCGUCGAGGCAUCCUCGCUGCUCCCCUCGUCCCGCUCUAAGGGCGGCCCCCGCGUCAGCCUGCAAGGCUCCGUCUUUUGGAUGGCGCCCGAGGUCGUCAAGCAGACGGCGUAUACCCGCAAAGCGGAUAUCUGGAGCUUGGGGUGCUUGAUCGUCGAGAUGAUGACGGGGAGCCAUCCGCACCCGAACUGCAGCCAGCUGCAGGCCAUCUUUAAGAUUGGCGGGAGCGGCGAUGCGAGGCCGGCUGUGCCGGAGAAGGCGGGCGCGGAGGCGAGGGAGUUUUUGAGGAGGACGUUCGAGAUUGAUCAUGAGAGACGGCCGACGGCUGAUGAGCUCUUGACGCUGCCGUUCUGUAAUGUUAAGGCGUGA